UGGGCAGUUCUAUCCCGCGUUUGUAAACAAACUAAUUGUAGCUCUUCAUAAUUUGCUAAUUUUAUUUAAAAAAAAAACAGCCAAGAUGGGUAAAAGACAGCAUCAAAAGGACAAAAUGUACCUCACGUACACGGAGUGGAGUGAGCUGUAUGGCGGCAAAAAAGUGGAAUCCUUGGAGAACGACCAUGUCAAGUUCAAGCGGCUGCCUUUCGAGCACUGCUGCAUUACGAUGGCGCCCUACGAGAUGCCCUACUGCGACCUACAGGGCAAUGUGUUCGAGUACGAGGCCAUCCUGAAGUUCCUGAAGGCCUUCAAGGUGAAUCCCAUCAACGGGCAGAAGAUGGACUCCAAGUCGCUGGUGAAGCUGAAUUUCCACAGGAAUGCCAACGAUGAGUACCACUGCCCUGCCUUGUUCAAGCCCUUUACCAAGAACUCGCACAUCGUGGCGGUGGGCACAACGGGAAAUGUAUACUGCUGGGAGGCAAUCGAUCAGCUGAACAUCAAGACAAAGAACUGGAAGGAUCUGGUGGACGACACGCCGUUCCAGCGCAAGGACAUCAUCACCAUACAAGAUCCCCAGAAGCUGGAAAAGUACGACAUCUCGACGUUCCAUCACAUAAAGAAGAACCUGCGGGUUUUGACGGAAGAAGAGCAGCUGGAGAGAAAGAAUCCAGCCAGCGGGCGCAUUAAGACUAUGAAUCUGGAGACCAAGGAGACGCUAGCACAGCUGCAGCAGGACUAUCAGCCGGCGGAAGAGGAGCCCUCCACUUCGAAGCGUACAGCCGACAAGUUUAACGCUGCUCACUAUUCAACUGGAGCGGUUGCGGCCAGUUUUACGUCUACCGCCAUGGUGCCCGUUUCCCAAAUAGAGGCGGCCAUUAUAGACGAUGAUUUGGUAAAGUACGAGCGGGUAAAGAAGAAGGGGUACGUUCGCUUAAAUACGAAUCUUGGCCCACUCAACCUGGAACUCUUCUGCGAUCAAACUCCUCGAGCCUGCGAUAACUUCAUUAAACAUUGCGCCAAUGGUUACUACAAUAAUGUUAUGUUUCACCGGUCCAUUAGGAAUUUUAUUGUGCAAGGAGGUGAUCCUACUGGAAGUGGUUCUGGUGGCGAGUCCAUUUGGGGCAAGAAGUUUGAGGACGAGUUUAAGCCGAAUCUUACGCACACGGGACGAGGAGUGCUUUCCAUGGCCAAUUCGGGACCCAACACCAAUGGCUCUCAAUUCUUUAUCACCUACCGCUCAUGCAAACAUCUCGACGGCAAACACACAAUCUUCGGAAAACUUGUCGGCGGAUUAGACACUCUUCAGAAAAUGGAGAACAUCGAGGUGGAUAACAAGGACAGACCAAUUGAGGAUAUCAUCAUAGAGUCCUCCCAGGUCUUUGUGAAUCCAUUUGCCGAGGCAGCCGAACAGUUGGCCAAGGAGCGCGAGGAGGAGGCGGCCGGCAAGGAGGAGAUUGUCAAGAAGGAGGAGCAGCAAAAGCGCAUGAAGGAACCACUAAAAGUGUACAGAGAUGGCGUGGGCAAGUACCUCAAACUGCAGACAGUGGCCAAAAAGCCAGAGGCAACUCUUUCAUCUGCUCAAGCAGCCAAGAAGAAAAAACAGGCAAAUGGUUUUGGGGAUUUCUCCAGCUGGUAACCCGUUUCCUCCAAAAAUAAAAGAUUUAAAGAC